UGAAUAGGGAUGUUUGUCAGGAGUUAUCGUUCCAGUUGUAUAGAGUUCACUGAUCCCGCGUUAUAAAAAUAUUGUGCGUGAGAAAUAUAGUAAACCACGUGUACUGGAUUGGAACAUCAAUCUUUUAUUUUAAUCAUCGUUGCAAACAGUCCUUUAUUUGCUCCUUCGAACUGAUUCUCUGACGAAAAUCUGUUGGUAUUUUCAUAGAUACUAAAAUGUCAGCUACCGCAGGAAAGGUAAUUGAAUGCAAAGCAGCUGUGGCCUGGGAAGCAAAACAACCACUUGCGAUUGAAACAGUUGAGGUUGCCCCCCCUAAAGCAAAAGAAGUGCGUAUUCACCUUGUUGCAACUGGUGUUUGUCACACCGAUGCCUAUACAUGGAGUGGUGCUGAUUCUGAGGGACGAUUCCCAUGUAUCCUUGGUCACGAAGGAGGUGGCAUUGUGGAGAGUGUUGGAGAAGGAGUGACCUCUCUUAAACCAGGCGAUCAUGUCAUUCCCUGCUACAUUCCUCAAUGUCGUGAAUGUAAAUAUUGUAAAAGUGAGAAAACCAAUCUCUGUGUUGCCAUCAGGGCAACUCAAGGAAAGGGUGUGAUGCCUGACGGCACAACAAGAUUUAGAUGCAAGGGACAAGACGUUUUUCACUUCAUGGGUACCAGUACUUUCAGUGAGUACACGGUUCUUCCCGAGAUUGCCGUCGCUAAGAUUUCUGAGGCUGCUCCUUUGGAGAAAGUGUGUUUGCUUGGAUGCGGCAUUUCAACUGGAUAUGGUGCUGUUGUUAAUACAGCUAAGGUUGAACCGGGCUCCACGGUAGGCGUGUGGGGACUGGGUGCCAUCGGCCUCGCUGUCAUCAUGGGAUGUAAGAUGAUUGGCGCGUCAAGAAUUAUCGGUGUUGACAUCAAUCCUGAGAAGUUCUCUAUUGGUAAAGAGUUUGGUGCCACCGAAUGUAUUAAUCCGUUGGACUACAACAAACCAAUUAAUGAGGUUCUUUCCGAGAUGACCGGCGGAGGACUGGACUACACUUUCGAAUGUAUUGGAAAUGUCAAGACCAUGCGUGCCGCUCUGGAGUCCGCUCAUCGUGGUUGGGGUACAUCUGUAAUCAUUGGAGUAGCCGCUUCUGGCGCUGAGAUUUCUACAAGACCAUUCCAGUUGGUCACUGGAAGAGUUUGGAAAGGAACUGCCUUUGGAGGAUGGAAAAGUCGUGAUGGCGUCCCUAAGAUAGUGGAUGACUAUAUGGCUGGGAAGGUGAAAGUUGAUGAGUUCGUUACAUCAAACAUGACACUGGAUCAGAUCAACGAUGCCUUUGAACUGAUGCAUCAUCCAGUUGGAAGAAACUUGCGAACUGUUAUCAAAUAUUGAGUUUCUGAACACUGCUCCUGUGUGUUGUCUGCGUAAAGGUUAAAGA